AUGGCAGACAUUGAGCAUGUUGACGUGACCGACACGAAACGCGUUGACGUGGCCGAUAUUGAGCAUGUUGACGUGACUGACAAGUCUAACCCUCCCGAGGAUUUCGAUGACAAAGUUGAGCACUUGGACGGCGUACAAGACAUUUAUAACAAGGAUGGUGGCAAGGAUGAGGACUGGACACGUCCCAUCCAUGGAUAUCUCAGCAUCAAUGGCGAGCCCAUCAGCACCCCGAGUGCCAAAGUUGCGCAGUUCAUCGGUCGCCCCUCCAAGGAGUCUCUGGACGUCGCUAUCACGAUGCACGAUAGCGCUGACGACUUUGCCUCGCUGCACUUCAAGCUGCUCGCUCACGGUCUGGGCCUUGACGAUGAGUACGCCGGCCACAUCCUCAUCUGGGCAAUCGACCUCCUAGAUAUCCAGGCAUUCGAGCAGCCCGACCCCCUCGCGGCCUUGCGUCAUUACCGGGCGAAUGCCAAGGCGGUGUACGGUAAAGUGUUUGCCAUGACGGUCAAAGUGCGCUCCGUUCAAUUUGCCGUUCCUUACGGCAUCGAGAGCCAACUUCAGACUAUCUACGAAGGCAUUCACCAGGCCAAACAGCUUAAGAUGGUGAGAGAGUGUAUCAAUCGUGCCAAGCCGGACGGAUCCAUUACCUUUGACCUUCUCCUUCCCGCCUGUACCGGUUCCGUCGAGCUCUACAUCACGAAGCUCUGCAAUAUGUUCAUGCACCGGAGAAUCUCCGAUACGCAGCAAUCUCCUCUGCAAAUGUACUUCGCACGCUCUCCCGAUUCCAAGCUCCUCACCCUCGGCGACUGCCCGGCGCCGGGAGAGCCCGGAUUCCCGACCAACGCGCGCGGGAUGAGAAUCUUGCACUUCGCCAAGGCACACCAGCACCUCCUCUACAACGUUGCAGGCACCCAUUUUGACGAGAACCUGCAGCGGGAGGCUAUUGAGGCCCUGCCCUCCCAUCAGUUCAAUGCAUUUGUCUUCCCCCUCGCGCAAGUCGAGGGUGGUCGCCGCUUUCUCUGCAUCCUCGAUCCAGAAGGACAAGAGGUCCUGCUCCCAAGAAACGGCGAGGCCUGCAAUAUGUUCUUUGCGAAGGCAAUGUUUCUCUCAGAGGAUAAGAUAACCUCGAUUGCUCUCGAAGUCUUCAAGGUCCUACUUUUUGCCAUAGUUAAAGCAGACUUCUACAAGUCCGUUGUCAAAAAGGCGGGCAUGCACUUCAGCCGUGACCUGACAGAGGCAGAGGUCUAUGAGCUGCGCCAAACUGAGGUGGAGAAAGAUGACAGCAAUAACGAAGCAUGGCGAGCCCGCGUGUACAAGUGGAUACGCGAACAUUGCGACAUCCUCCGCGAUAUGGCCCUUGCCGAAGACGACAACGACCCUGCGCGCUGGUGGGCGGCGUGCCGCGUCGACUUACCGUCACCUCUCUUCAAGGCACAGUAUCAGACGUACAUGGUUUGGAAGCCGACAAAUAAGGACGCCGAGGCCGAGGAUAGCCUGCUGUUGGGGGUUGACUUGCCGUCCGUCGGAAACCCGCAAGCUGGGGAGAGCGCAGUCAGUUACUUGGCUCGCGUCAUGGAUCCUAACAACGCGCAACCCGUCAAGGUCAAGCGCGUCAGUUCCAACAAGACCAUCUGUGCCGAAGUUGAUGCUGUCAAUGCACUCAACUGUCCGCCUUCGGCCGACCCCCGACCCUCAGACGAGUCCGUCGCGGCAUUUCGAUACCUGUUACGAUUCAACGCAGACACCGCUCCCAUCGUUAACCUUCUAGAGGCGAUCCCGGCCCUUGGAAAUGUUGUCAACGACAACUCAUCUCCUCCUUUCGUCAAGAACCUCUUUGAGGGGAUGAAUAAGCCUAUGAAGGAGGCAUUUCGCGCCAUGGAUAGCCUUCCGGCCGGAAUCUGCUUCGUCCCUGGCGUUGCUGGCUGUGGAAAGUCAUACAUGAUGGAGAUGGCUAUCGUCUUCUCCCAGUUUGGGUCUUGCGCUGCCGAUGCUGAGCCCCACAAUGCGAUGCCGAACAAGCUGAAGGUGUUGUACCUGAUCAACAACAACGCGGGCGUGGAGGCCUUUACUAGCCGCCUCAUCGAGACGUACGAUGGUCUUGGGAUCGCAAACCACCCCGCCGUGUUGCGCCUCUAUCCGAUGGGGAGCGAGGUGAGGUCGGGCAUGAGCCAGGGACCUAAGCAGCAGCGCCCAGAUGUGUUUGCCGAGGGCGCGGCAGAGGCCGAGCGUGCCGCGAUGGACAUUGAGAAUCACUUCUUAGCGACUUAUGUCAUGAACGAAAUCUCCAUCAAUGUACACAAUGCCCAUGCCGCCGCCCGCAAGGCCAGGCGCCAUAACGUGGAGAAUUCUCUGCACUGCGCGGCACUCCGUUACUUUGAGGGGCACCGCACCGAGGAGCGCUUCGGGAAGCUCGCACGACUCCUCGACAGACUCCGGGCCGGCGAGAAGCUCGAUGGCAAAUCCAGGGCCUAUUUCGAAACCAGCAUCAAGAUGUUGUACACAGACUUCCUCCAGGACUUCCACGGGACCAUCGUCACCACGCCAAUGGGGGCUUCCGUUUCGGCCUUCCGCAACGCAUUCCGACCGGACAUUGUCAUCAUGGACGACGCAGGACUCAUGCGCGAGCUCACUACACUUGUCCCCAUCGUUUACUUCAGCCCCAAGGUCUGGAUCAUUAUCGGUGAUGUGGUCCAGGCUGUCCCGCACAUCACGAUGCAGCACGACCUCGGUCCCGGCACGACAACAUCUAACCCGUUCGCUGAGCAGCUGACCUUGUCCACCCUCGCCCGUGCUGUCGACGCUGGUGCGACCCGAUCGUACCUACUCAUCAACCAGCGCGCGUUUGGCAACUCUAUCUCCGUGUCCAACCACAUCUCCUACCACGGACUCAUGAAACCCAGCCGUCGCGGGAUCGACAAUUGGCCAGAGCCUCUCCGUGAGAUGGUCGCGCACUCUCGGAGCACCAUCCACAACACUCUUCCGCCGCAUCAGUGUAACGUGCUCGUCGAGUUCGCCGGGUCCCAGGCGACAGGGCUCACCACAUCGCUAACAAACACCGUUCAUCUAGCUUGGACACUCCGUCAGGUUAGAGCAAUCAUCGAAUCGGAACUUACCGGCCUCGGGAGGAACAACGGGAAACCUGUCGACGUGCUGGUCGUGGCUUUCUAUAAGGCACAGGCCCUAGAGUACCAGAAGGCGAUCAAGGCGAUGGUGGACCACGGCCAGCUACCAAAGGACGUCUACGGGCGCGUCAAGGUCAAGACUCUGGACGUCGCGCAGGGUGACGAGGCAGACUUCGUCUUUGUCGACUUCGUCACCGUAUCGCACCCGGGCUUUACCGGCGAGAAUUUCCGGAUUGCCCUCGCAACUACUCGCGCCCGGGGGAUGUCGAUCCUACUCCUGAACCGCGGUACCUUUGUCGGUUACGACAAGCCCGAGACUCGCAAGCGGGCGAACGUACUCUUCCGUCUUUACAACUACCAUGCGACCCGUCAGCUUACCGUCCGCAUUUGGUGCUGCCUUAAUAGCCAGACGGACGAUCACACUACGAGCAAUUGCACUGCGAUCCCGCCUGACAUGUCCAACAUUACGUGCGAGCGACAGAGCUGCGGCGUCGGGGGUCACAACGCGGCGACGUGUCCCACCCGUAUCUGCCGAAACUGCAACAUCGAGGGCCACAGCGCCAACGAGUGUGUCGAACAGCUCAUCUGUUCUCGCUGCGGUCGCGACGGCCACGUCUCCCUUACCUGCACCGCUACAACAGCCCACUUCCAAUGCCUCUCAUGCAACAUGGUUGGUCACGCUACUAAGGACUGCCCCAACAAGACCUGCAACCGAUGCGGCGAGAUUGGGCACAUGGCCGUGGGCUGCGACAAGCCCAGCGAGGAGAUCAAGCGCGAUGUCAUCUGCCGUCAGUGCGGCAAGGGGGGCCAUAUGGCCAAAGACUGCACGCAGCCUCUCAUCAUGACCUGCCGCGACUGUGGGGAACCGGGCCACCUUGCCAGGGUGUGUCCAACGCGCGAGUGCAGAAGGUGCAAGGGCAAAGGCCACACUGGAGCUGACUGCCCAACGCCGUGGUGCAGCCGCUGCCACGACUCUGGUCAUCUUCGGGGUGGUUGUCGCAAGCCCCCUCCUCUGUGUGGUCAAUGCAAAGGUCCCCACAAGACCGAAAACUGCCGGGUCGGCACCGAGCGAGCUCCGCGCGUGCAGCCGCAGAGCUUCGUUAAGCAUACUGCAGAUGUUUCCUCUGGCUGGGGCAAUGCGGAUGAGCACACUGGAGCUGCUCAGGUUGGUUGGGGCGAUGCGAACGACCAGGCCCCUGAGGAUCAUGAUUGGUGA